AUGCUUAUUUCAUGCUUUACCUCUUUUCCUUGUCAAAUUAUUUGCAAACCCUCCCUAGUAACAGUACUAUCUAAAGGUCAUUCUCCGAAAGAGGCCUCUUGCUCUGGCUUAAACUUCCUCUCCGUAAAUCUUUCCGGCUCGGCAAAAAGUGGUGUUGACAACAUCCGCCGACGAUCUAUAGCGGAUACAGCCUUUCCUGCAUCUAAUACUAGAGGAGCUGGAACCGCAUUUUUACGAUCAAACCAGGAUCAGCUAAAUAAUAAGGAAUCAACUUUACCUAAUAGGAUCCAGUAUUCGAGAUUAUCACUCCACGAUCCAAGAAAGGGGUUUCAUUCAGAUGAACCAGUAUCAAGGCCGAUACCAGAAUCACAGUAUUGUCGGCAGCAGCAAAACUUCAAGAAGUUACCAGUGUUGCUCAGUCGGCCGAAGUCUGAUAUCGUAAGAAUGGCUUGUUUGCCCUCAGAUGAGCAGCCUUUUCCUCUGAAGAAACCAGACUCACACUCACUAGGCCCGACCACUUUGCGUGCAUGGUCCUCUUCUGAUGAGGAUAAUUUGGCUCAAAGGUGCCUGGAAGUUUCUGUUCAGUCGGAUGGCAAUCAGGUCAUUUUCGGAGAACCAACUAUGCAGCCGUCAGAACAGGGAUUCUCAUCAAAGUUUUCAGAAAUCAGUCAUAAUAGGGGCGAUUUAAAUGAAUUAAUGGCUUCACCUUCAAGUCGUUUACCAUCUGCUAAUCUAGGCAAAAGUAACAGUUGGCAAUCUAAGCAACAGAUAGCUAUUUUACCUAAUCUAUCGCUAAAAGAGCUCAUUCAAAAUGACACAAAUGCGAUCAGUAUGCCAUCCAACAAAAAAACAACUAGAAAACUCGGUGACCUACACAUCAAAUCACAAAAUACUACCACUAAUACCUCUCUUGAAAUUAUUCGGGUUUCUGAUUCUGUUGAUCCAGCGUUCGACGCAGUCCUUCAGUCCUCAGUUCCCUUCAUCCGCAGUGAGAGUAAAGACCCUCAGACAAAUCAAAAUCAUUUGGAUGAGAAUUUGAGACCCUCUUCUCCUAAGAACAACAGCCGGAUUACAUACACUCCUACAUUGCCUCCUCUAGUAACGCAGCGACCACAAGUAAAUGGCAAUUAUCAAGUGCCGGAUAAUGUCAAAAAUAAAACUAAUGAAUUGGAUAUAGUGCUAAUUAAAGAGACCGUAAGGCUCGAUGAAUUCAGGCAAGAAACAAGUGAAAUUUCUAUGAGAGAUGAUAAAAAUUGUCUCACAAGUUGUACUAUAAGGUCCUAUACCAAGGAGAUAGAAGAGCAAAUGAUGGAAACAGAUUCCGAAGGAAAGGAUUUCGAUCAAAUUAAUAUAAAUCAGUUAAAAAAUCCUGAAAAAGUUCCGUCUAAGGAAACUUUCUGCGUGGAACAUCUAACUGAGUCCAAUGAAUCGCUAGCUGGGAUCAAACGUCUUGAGAGAUCAAACGAAGAUGAUGAAAGCGCAAGGUGCGUGAGGCUAAAACAAGAGGAAUGUGGGCUAUUAUAUACUUCGAAGAUUAUGCCCGAGAGGAUCAUAGAAGAGACCUCAAUAAUUGGGGAUCAGCAUGAAGUGGUAAAGCAGGCAAACGGAAAUCAGGAACAGGCCACAGCCGUGCAAAAUUUAGGAAAAAGAACUCUUAAGAACACUGCAACCCCAUCAAAAGGUCUGCAUCGAAGACAUUCUGAGGAUGCAAGGGAGCUACAAACUACUGGACACAAUCGAGCAUGUAAGAUACAAAUUUUAAUAUUUGUCUUGGAAUCCAAUAUUUUAAGUUAA